AUGAGAAGAGCCCCUUUUUUUUGGCUGUGUAACUUGUUCCGAGAAAGAGAACUAUUGCGGGACAAUAUACAUAGCUCAGUGGAAGAACAAGUUGCCAUGUUUCUCCUUGUUGUAGGCCACAAUCAUAGAUUUAGAGCUAUGCAGCCAACAUUUAGGAGGUCAAUUGAAACUAUUAGUAGAUACUUCAAGGAGGUAUUAUAUGCUGUUGGUGAGCUACGAAAUGAGAUGAUAAAACCACCAUCAACCGAGACCAAUUUGAAAAUUUCAUCCAAUGGGAGAUUCAACCCUUAUUUCAAGGAUUGCAUUGGUGCAAUAGACGGGACUCAUGUGCUUGCUCGAGUACCAGCUGCAAUGUCUGCUGCCUUUAGGGGUAGGAAGAAGGAAAUAACCCAGAAUGUAAUGGCUGCAGUGGAUUUUGGCCUUAGAUUUACCUACGUACUUGCUGGGUGGGAAGGAUCUGCACAUGAUGCCCUCAUACUUGCAGAUGCCUUGGAAAGGGAUGAUGGUCUUAGUGUCCCAGCAGGGAAAUACUAUCUCGUUGACGCUGGAUAUGUUGCUAGACCGGGGUUUCUUCCACCAUACCGUGGCACUAGAUACCAUUUGAAGGAGUUUCAUAGCAGAAACUAUCCUCGCAAUUCGAGAGAGUUGUUUAAUCUAAGACAUUCCUCUUUAAGGGUCACGAUCGAGCGAGCAUUUGGCGCCCUCAAAAACAGCUUCAAGAUACUAUAUAGCAAGCCUUUCCAUCCAUACAAGACCCAAGUAAAGUUAGUUCUUGCGUGCUGCAUACUUCAUAAUUGGAUACUUCAGUUUGGGAACGAUCAGCAUGUGCCAUUAGAGGCUGAAUGGCGUGCAAAUGAUAGGGAUGAAGAUGACCCAGGUGACAUAGAGGAAGACAAUAGGGGAAUGGCACAAAUUAGAGAUGACAUAGCCACUGAUAUGAUGGCUGAGGCUGCUAGUGGGAAUGGUGGCCAAGGUGGACACCAGGUAGCCUUGCGUUGGACAAGCUACAUGUCAAGUUUUAUGCUAAAAAAAAUUGUUGAACUUAUAGCAGAGGGUGUAAGGACUGACAAGGGUUUCAAGGAAGUUCAACUGAACCAAGUGGCUAGAUCUUUAUCUGAUCACUAUGGCCUUGACAUUAGUGGAACCCAGGUUUAUAACCAUCUUCGCAAAUGGCGUCAACGGUGGGUGCGUAUCACUAGGCUUAAAGACAUCAGUGGGGCUCUGUGGGAUGAUCAAAACUCAACAAUUGUCCUAGAAGAUGAGCACUACAUAGGACAUGUCAAGGACCACCCUAAGGAUGCCGAGUUUCUCAAUGUGCCCCUUGAGAACUAUACACAAAUGGCAACCAUUUUUUCCAAUGGGCAAGCUACAGGAAAGUAUGCCAUGGGGUCAAAUGAAGCUCUUGGAAAACCUGCUGACAUGGCUGAAAGUGAUCUUGGUCCUCUUGAUGGGACUAUUGGGUAUGGUAUUGCUGGAGGUAUGGCUGGUCCUGAAUGUGGCACCGCUGCUCAAGGAAGUGGAGUUGGGCCUGCUCGUGACGGAUUUGUUCCCACGAAUGACCUCACAGGAGGAGGAUCUAGCUCAGAUAGGAAGAGAAAGAAAACCCAUGCUGUUGUCGAAGGUGAGGCUGCUCUCAUCACCAACAUGACAAAAUCUGUGCGUGAGGUGGCUGCAGCAAUACGUGCUACUACUCAUACGGAGGUGCACCCUGAGCUGUCUGAUUCAGUGCUAAAUCUUCCUGGUUUUACAGAGGAUCAGCUAGAGCUUGUUCUAACUUAUCUGACUAACAACAAGGCAACAAGUCUUGUAUACAUUUAG